CGAGCUUUCAAUUGCUGAACAGCAGUUCCUAUAUACAAUCAUGUUUCCAUUCAGUUUUCCACAAAGGUAAUGGCAAGCUCCGACCACUGAACCCUCGCCAACCGGACAAGUGACACGUUUCGAGAGUAUAUUUCGGCUGAUUAUAUGCUUAUGUUGAAUGAUAUAUCACCCAUUCGUGAAACAUACGCGUACCAGAGAGGAAUAGUUGUACAAUUUUGUGUAGAUCAGGUGUAUCGCCUCUAUUUUACUUGAUUCAGGAGCUUUACUUGAAGGAAAAAAAUCGAAUUCUUUGUCAGCCGUUUCUCAGUGAUUUUCUCAACAAAAAGUGUUGUAUGAUAAAUAAGCUUUGAUUUUGUCGGAAUGCAUUUUUCAACAUUCGCUACAAUAUGGUGGUCAUAAAAGUGCUCAUUUUCAAGAAUCCUUAAGGAACCAACAAUAGAAUAAGUAUUUGAGUCCGCACGGAAGAUAGUGUAGUUAAUUCAGAGAAAUCAAUGAUUCUACGGAACUUCUGAAAAGAAGAUUAUAUUGAUUUUCUAGUAUUCUCCCAUACACACGUACCGCUGGUGGUUGAUUUGCGUCAAAACACUUGUAUCCCUUGUGUCAUAUAUAAAUCUCCGACUGCGUGUAUAUUUGAAGAAAAAUAGGAUUAACAUCUGGUGCUACAACAAACAUCCCUGCAAUAUGUUACUCAGAUUGUAUCAUAUUUUCGCGGGGUUGUUCCUGUGCUCUGCACUAGCCGUCAUUAAUGGGAAGCCAUCAUCCAACAAUGUUUUUACAAGCUCCUUUCUGGUAAAAUUCAAACGGAAUGAAAACGCUCAACUGGCACAAGGAAUAGCCGAACGGAAUGGUUUUAUUAAUCUCGGAGUGCUCCCUGGUAGCUCCGGAAGAGAAUAUCACUUCAAGCACACAGGAUUGCCCCAUGCUAGAACCCGUCGUAGCAUAACACACGUCCGCGUAUUGAAAAAGCAUCCACUGGUACAAACUGCUAUUCAACAAGUUGGAUUCAAACGCGUUAAACGCGGUAUGCGCCCUGCUAUCCCUGCCGUAUUCAUUCCGGACAAAACAGAUCCUAACGUGGGAAAAACACCAACCGAUCCUUAUUUUCCGAUGCAAUGGUACCUACGCAAUACUGGUCAAAACGGUGGAAAACCUCGUCUCGAUCUCAACGUGCAGGCAGCAUGGGAUCAAGGAAUAACAGGGAAAAACGUUACCACAGCUAUUAUGGAUGACGGUGUUGAUUACAUGCAUCCAGAUCUGAAAUUCAAUUAUAAUGCAGAAGCUAGUUAUGAUUUUAGUAGUAAUGAUCCAUAUCCAUAUCCGCGUUAUACAGAUGACUGGUUCAAUAGCCACGGAACUCGAUGCGCAGGAGAAGUAGCGGCCGCCAGGGAUAACGGAAUUUGUGGAGUUGGUGUUGCCUAUGAUUCAAAAAUCGCUGGUAUACGAAUGUUGGAUCAACCAUACAUGACAGACUUGAUUGAAGCUAAUUCAAUGGGUCAUGAGCCCCACAAAAUACAUAUAUACAGUGCUUCGUGGGGUCCUACUGAUGAUGGCAAAACGGUCGAUGGUCCACGGAAUGCCACAAUGCGAGCCAUUGUCCAAGGAGUAAAUGAAGGACGGAACGGGCUCGGUAAUAUCUAUGUUUGGGCAUCGGGUGAUGGCGGGGAAGAGGACGAUUGCAACUGCGAUGGAUAUGCUGCAUCCAUGUGGACUAUUUCAAUAAACAGCGCAAUCAACGAUGGACAGAAUGCUCAUUACGAUGAAAGUUGCAGUUCAACACUUGCUAGCACUUUUAGUAAUGGUGCGAAGGAUCCAAAUACAGGCGUGGCGACCACUGAUCUGUAUGGUAAAUGUACCACCACACAUUCUGGCACCAGCGCUGCAGCACCCGAGGCAGCGGGAGUUUUCGCUCUAGCUCUGGAAGCCAACCCAUCCCUAACAUGGCGUGAUAUUCAACAUCUGACCGUACUAACAUCAAAGAGGAACUCAUUGUUUGACGCCAAAAAUCGUUUCCAUUGGACUAUGAACGGGGUCGGUUUGGAAUUUAAUCAUCUAUUCGGCUUUGGCGUAUUAGAUGCUGGAGCAAUGGUUUCUUUAGCUAAAAAAUGGCGUACUGUUCCACCUCGCUACCAUUGCGAAGCCGGUGCUAUCAUAGACGUUCACCAAAUUCCAUCCACAGGGUCGUUGAAGUUGCAUAUUAAAACUGAUGCUUGCAGAGGGUCCGACACGGAAGUUCGUUAUUUGGAACAUGUACAGGCUGUUAUCACCGCAAAUGCAACAAGAAGAGGAGAAUUAGAAUUUUUCGUCACGUCUCCGAUGGGUACAAGGUCAAUGAUUCUCAGUCGCCGUUCUAACGAUGAUGAUCGUAGAGAUGGCUUUACUAAAUGGCCCUUUAUGACUACACAUACCUGGGGAGAAUAUCCAUACGGCACAUGGCUGUUAGAGGCAACAUUCAACUCUAAAGAACCACGCACGGGCUGGUUGAAAGAAUUUUCGUUGGUUCUACACGGCACGAGGGACCCACCGUACAGAAUGCUAUCUCCAGCUUCUCCCCAUUCCAAGUUGGCGAUUGUGAAGAAAGCUCACGAGGAUCAGGAUAAAAUAUAAGAAUGUUUCUGCAGGUGAUUUUUAAAUUUCAACCAAAAAACAGUGAUGAAAACAGUUAUGCGAUGCGAAAUGCUAUUGGUCAUUCUUUCGGUUAUUACCGUGAGGGUUUCUUAUUUAGACGAUCGUUUCCAAAGUUUAUCGCGCUCAACACAUGAAGUAUAUUAAAACACACCAGAAGCAAAAAUUGCUUUACAAUAAUUUACCCAGUGCUAUCGAAAAUAUUGUCAAACCUAUAAUAUUGUCUAAAUUCAGAGGAAUAAAAAAUAUCCAAACAAUGUUUUCCAUGAAUAUUUAUUAGCCAUUCGUGAAGAUAUUCAUGUAAAGAUAUUCUAACGUGACAAAUUCCAACCAUGCCGAAUGUUUCAGUUGGCUUGGUUAUUUAUAAUAGCCAACGAAUUUCAAUUAUGGAUAAAUUUUACAAUAUUUAUUGUGAAUUGUUCUCUCAAGACAAAAAAAAACACAUUUCUGAUCUUUGUAUCGCCAAUAUUUACGUUUAUUCGAAUUUUUCAUAUAAGUUUUUUAUAUUUCGAUUUUCAUAAGCAGUUAAUCCGUUCUAGAUUCUUACUCCAGAUUAUUAUAGAUAUGAAAGCUCAAGCUAGAAUCAGUUCUAUCCGUUAUAAAAUUAUUUUGAACAUUGGAAACAAAACUCCUGACUAUAGUAUAUAUCGCAUUCUCUUGAGAGGCAUAAGUUUCCUCUAGUUGGUUAUGUAUAUAUCAAGAGGGGAAACUCAAAUUAUGCAGAAAGCAUUUGAAUGUAUCAAUGAUGAAGUAAAUCAGUAAACGUGUUGAAUCACAGAAGCAAUCAUAAAUAAAUGAGUGGCAUUAUCAUGCACAUACGACAAGUUCAAGAUAAUUGUAUUAUUUUACCACUCUUUUCAUAACUACACUUAUUUGUUUCGUUUUUAGGAAGGAUGAUUACACAGAUGUCAAACGCAAAAUGGUAAUUUCCAAGUUUGGAAGCCAACACGUUGACCAAAUGGAUUUAACGGUUCCAAUUUAUUUUAUUUUGAUACAUUGAAUUAUCUGAUUCAGCAUGUUAUUAAACCAUAUGAUAGAGAAGAUAUUUUUUAUACAAAGCCCAGGUUUUAGCGCACUGUGGUUCUCUUUUUCUACCUAUUCACAUUGUAUUUUAGAGAGUAAAAGUAAUGACAUAUUUUCAUCGCUCAAACAUUGUAUAGGCCUGCGCAGGUAAUAGUACAGAGAAUGAAAAAUUCAGAAUACACAUAUGAUAUAAGAAUUGUAUAAACAACGCAUAACUUUUUUGUACAAUACUUGUGUUUUUAGGGGCCAAACAUUUGUUAGACAUUCCACUCUGCUAUUUAUUUGAAGAGAAAGCAUUACCUGAGCAGGAAACAAAAUAACGUAUAUAAAAGAAAACGUUUCUACUGAAACAUAUAUGAUUUUGCGCAAAAUAGAGAAAUUGAUGUUAAUUUAAUUGAUAACGAAUAACUUCUAUAAACAAACAAAAAAUGACAGAAUAAAUUAUCUUGAAAUGAAUUAA